GUGAGGAGGAGGAAGACACAGCAGUACUCUACCAAACAAUUCUAAAGACCCAGCAGCUUUUGUUACUGGUUUCUUUUUAAGUCUUAUUUGAAGUAGUGAAGAGAAACUCAGACAUGUCAGACAGAUGUGUUGAAAUCAUGAGAGACAGCCGUCAGUCGUGGAAUGAUAUCCCAGCAGGAAGACAGCUUCUCAGAACUCCUCCUAUGACCGUUGUGAAGCAACAAUUACAUUUUUGUAAUGAAGAUUCAAGUGAGGAGCAGGUGGAGCCCCAGCUGGAUAUGGAGGCAGAUACUGCAGUUGAAGAUGGCAAUGACCAAAAUGCGACAUUCAACGCAAUUGUACCAAAAACAGAACCAGAAGAACCUAACACCAUGCUGAAAGGAAUGAAGGGCUGUCAGCUGACGCAGAAUGACUUGGAGUUUAUGGAAAAGAUUAAAGAAGAUAAACUUAUUAAACAGCUGCAGGGUGAUUUGAAAGAGGUGCAGAGGUUGGUCAGUAAAGAACUGAUGCAAUUAGAGCUGGCGUUAGCUUCCAGGGAGAAAGCACAGGCUGAUCUAAAGCCGUCCUGUGAAGACCUCAUGGAGUGGGUAAAGAAGGUCCUCAGCAUGACGUCACCAUCCACCCAAUUGGCAGACCUGGACCUCGAUUGUUUCCUGGACACGGUGACGAAAGAAACCGUCCAAAAAGCCACGGAGGAGAAGCGGAUUGAGAUCCCUCGGAUGGAGAACAUGGUGGCAAACAAGAAGAAGAGGGAAGCGAAAGAGAGAGGGCAGCUUGAACAAAAUGUGGCCAGUCAACAGCUGAAGGUACAUGGAUUAAUGAGCCAAAUGUCAAACCUGAUAUGUGAACUUUCACAAGAAGAGGACGCAUAUAAGGCUCUUGAAAUCCGGAUGAACACUCAAGAAGCAGCAGCAGGAAUGGAAGCAGAUAAAGUUGUCGUCAAAGAGGAACCACAAGAUCCUAAAGUGCAAGCCAAAACUCGUGGAAAGGGAAGACUGAAGGCUGUUACGUUUCAAGAUCAAGCAAAGAUCAAAACUAAAUCCAGGCGCAAGCUCGCAGACGGUAAAACUGAGAGUGGGAAACAUGAUAAAGAGAAGCCAACGAAGGCUGUUAAAGAAUCCAAAGGGCCACAAAAGAGAGUCCAGAAGCAAGAGGCAAGUUCCCAAGAGGCUUUGCAGUCUGUAGGAGGGAGGAGAAAGAAACCUGCAGCUACAAAACCAAAAAGUGGUGUGAAAACUGAGGAAGCUCCGUCCACGACCCGACGGGAAGCUCCGUCCACGACCCGACGGGAAGCUCCGUCCACGACCCGAGGGGAUGCUCCGUCCACGACCCGACGGGAAGCUCCGUCCACGACCCGACGGGAAGCUCCGUCCACGACCCGACGGGAAGCUCCGUCCACGACCCGACGGGAAUCUCCGUCCACGACCCGAGGGGAUGCUCCGUCCACGACCCGACGGGAAGCUCCGUCCACGACCCGACUGGAAGCUCCGUCCACGCCCCAACAGGAAGCUCCCCCCCAGGGCAGGAAGGAGGAGACCACUGUUCUGAGGAGGUCCAAGAGGAUCGCCAGCAAGUCUCACUGACACCACACCUGUUUUAAUAAUGGUGGAUGUCGUGCCCUACAAAAUCAAACACAAAAAACCUGGUGAACCCCGCUACAAUUAGUAUUGGACUGUAACACCCUUGACUUAGUCUUGUUGCUAAGUCACUUUCAGUAAUGGGUUUGACAUUAAGUUGUAUUCUAUUACAUGUCAUUUUAAGAAUCUGUUUAAUUUGUAAUAUGAAAAUAAAGUGGUGAUUUCAUGAGA